CAGGGGGGCGGGACCUGGCGGCGCGAGAGUGCUCAACACGAAGGCGCAGCGCGAGACUCUGAAGCACUAUAAGACCCGUGUUGUGAGUCGAGAGGAGCAAACAGCGGAAAGAGCGGAGAGACAGCGGCAGAGUAUUACUAACUAUAACAGGGACCAUGUCUGACAGAAAAGCCGUCAUUAAAAACGCCGAUAUGUCGGAGGAGAUGCAGCAGGACGCGGUGGAGUGCGCCACGCAGGCGCUGGAGAAAUACAACAUCGAGAAAGACAUCGCUGCCUACAUCAAGAAGGAGUUUGACAAAAAGUACAACCCCACUUGGCAUUGCAUUGUGGGCAGGAAUUUUGGCAGCUACGUGACUCAUGAGACGAAGCAUUUCAUUUACUUCUACCUGGGGCAGGUGGCCAUCCUGCUUUUCAAAUCCGGAUAAAGAGACAAUCUUCCAGUGAAACGAGCCACACCAUUAACAGGAUAAGAAACAGAACUCCAGUGACCCCUCCUAGAGGAGCUGCCCGUCGCCCUCGCAGGAAUUCAUUGUUUUAUUAAAGGUCCAGGGACCCACACUUCUGUGCUGCUUCCACAUUCUUUGUUUGUUACUGCUUUAUAUGUUCAUUUAUCACAUGCCUAUAUUUAUUUUCAUCCAGUUUCCAAAAUUAAACAAAAAAAAAAAACAUUCAAAUAAACAAUUUUAAUAUGAA